UCAACCAUCAAUAGCGGCGAUGAGGAGGAAUUACAGAAGAGUUUGCUAAAAAAUGGUCUACAAAAACAACUGGAUGAAUUUCAAAUGCUGUCGGCAAUUUUCUGCAAUGCGGGUGAGCUACAAGUGGACGAUUACAGCUGCAUCGACAAUCUAAACGGUUACAUCAACGGGGAAAUGGAUCGACUUGAUACGAAGCUGGACUACCGGUUCGAUCUGGCACUGCUACCGGAUCAAAAAGUACAAAUUUUGGUCGAACUGCCACAUCUCUAUCCAGCACUGGAAAUACCGCGAAUCGUCAUUCGCUCGUCUGUGAUACCACGCGAUCAGGAACGCAUGCUUACCAGCAGGAUCGAACAAUAUAUCGAAGAAGAGGUAGUGGAACGGGAUGAGCCGUAUGUCUAUCAGGUGAUUGGCUGGAUACAGGACAACUUUACCGAACUUCUCCAGCGAACCACCGGCGAGAGGAAGGAACAGCAAACCUGCAAGCGCCCGGUCAUCGAAAACGAACCGAUCGUAUUCGAACGGUUAUGGAUAUACUCACACCACCUGAAGAGCAAAACGAAACGUCAAACGAUUAUCAAAACUGCCCGAGAUUUGAAGCUUUCCGGAUUUUCACGCCCAGGCAAACCGGCCAUUAUUUGUGUGGAGGGACAGCAAAACGACACGCAAGAAUUUUGGCGCACGAUCAAACCGCUCAAAUGGCAAAAGAUACAGAUAAAGUUUAACGAAACUGAAGCGGUUGGCGAUGAAAAGGAAAUGGCGGCACUGCGACACUUUGAGGCAGGAUUUCGGGAGGAACUGUUCUGCGAGAUGGAUGAAGAUUCCGACACGGAGGAUCAACCGAUGAGCAUGAGCCUGUUCAUGAAGUUUCUCGACAAGCACAGCUGUGGCUACAUCAAGAAGGAGCUGUUUGGAUUUCAGAACGCGAACGAAACACCGAGCAGCUAG